GCCCGCAGAUGUCGUCAGACUCGAGUAAGAAGCGGAAGCCCAAGGUGAUCCGCACGGACGGCGCCGCGCCCGACGGCAAGCGCAGCAAGGCCGACGCCGAGCAGGAUGUUAAGUACUAUAGUGAAGAGACAGAGGUGGAUCUAAGAGACCCUGGCAAAGACUAUGAACUCUACAAGCAAACUUGCGAGGAGCUUCAGAGGCUCAUGGCAGAAAUCCAGGAUCUGAAGAGUAAAGGCAGCAAAGACAGUGCUGCUGAGAUUGAGGAGCGGCGGAUCCAGAGCUGUGUGCAUUUCAUGACGCUGAAGAAACUCAACCGUUUGGCUCACAUCCGGCUGAAGAAGGGGAGAGAUCAAACCCAUGAGGCAAAGCAGAAGGUAGAUGCCUAUCACCUACAGCUCCAGAACCUGUUGUACGAAGUCAUGCACUUGCAAAAGGAGAUCACCAAAUGCUUGGAGUUUAAAUCAAAACACGAAGAAAUUGAGCUGGUGAGCGUGGAGGAGUUUUACAAAGAGGCUCCCCCGGAAAUAAGCAAACCUGAUAUCACCCUCAGUGAUCCCCACCACCAGACCCUUGCCCGCCUUGACUGGGAAUUAGAACAGCGCAAAAGGCUGGCAGAAAAGUAUAAGGAAUGUCUAACCAGCAAGGAGAAAAUCCUGAAGGAGAUUGAGGUGAAGAAGGAAUAUCUGAGUAGCCUCCAACCUCGGCUGAACAGCAUCAUGCAGGCCUCCCUCCCUGUCCAGGAGUACCUCUUCAUGCCAUUUGACCAGGCACACAAGCAGUACGAGACAGCUAGACAUUUGCCACCACCUCUGUAUGUUCUCUUUGUCCAAGCCAAUGCCUAUGGCCAGGCCUGUGAUAAGAAGCUGUCUGUAGCGAUUGAAGGGAGUGUGGAAGAAGCCAAAGCCCUCUACAAACCUCCAGAGGAUUCCCAAGAUGAUGAAAGUGACUCUGACGCCGAGGAGGAGCAGACCACGAAGCGCCGCCGGCCCACGCUGGGAGUGCAGCUGGAUGACAAGCGCAAGGAAAUGCUGAAGAGACACCCGCUGUCUGUCACCAUUGACCUGAAGUGCAAAGAUGAGAGUGUGCUGCACCUGACCUUCUAUUACCUAAUGAACCUCAAUGUCAUGACUGUGAAAACCAAGGUGACUACUGCUGUGGAGAUGACUACGCCCAUCAGCGCUGGAGACCUCCUGUCCCCGGAUUCCCUUCUGAAUUGCCUGUAUCCUGGGGAUCAUGGGAAGAAGACUCCUAACCCAGCCAACCAGUUCCAGUUUGACAAAGUUGGCAUCCUGACUUUGAAUGACUAUGUGACAGAGCUGGGGCACCCCUAUGUCUGGGUGCAGAAGCUGGGAGGCUUGCAUUUCCCCAAAGACCAGCCACAGCACACAGUGACUGCAGAUAACUCCCUGAGUGCAAGCCACAUGGAGAUGACCAUGAAGUUGCUCCGGACAAGGCUGCAGUCCCGGCUGGCUCUCCACAAACAGUUUGCUUCACUAGAACAUGGCAUUGUGCCAGUCUCCAGCGAGUGCCAGCAGCUCUUCCCUGCCAAGGUUGUGUCACGCCUGGUGAAGUGGACGGCAAUCACCUAUGAAGAUUACCUGGAGCUGUCUUACACCAAAGACAUCGUGGAGGCUGGCUUGGCUGAAGACACCCACCUUUAUUACAUGGCGCUGAUAGAAAGGGGGACAGCCAAACUCCAGGCAGCUGUUGUGCUGAACCCCGGCUACUCCUCUAUGCCGCCUAUCUUUAGCCUCUGCCUGACUUGGAAAGGGGAACGGACCAACAACAAUGAUGACAACAUUCGGGCUAUGGAGAGCGAGGUCAGUGUCUUCUACAAGGAGCUGAGUGGGCCAAAGCCUGGCUACCAGCUCCUGACCAAUCAGCUGCAGCGCUUGUGUGUCAUUCUGGAUGUCUACCUGGAAACGGAGUCCCAUGACAACAGCGUGGAGGGCCCCAAGGAGUUCCCCCAGGAGAAGAUGUGCCUGCGGCUCGUCAGGGGGCCCAGCCGGAUGAAGCCAUUCAAGUUUAACCAUCCUCAGGGCUUCUUCAGUCAUCGCUGACGCAUCACUUAGCUCCACGGCCUCAAGUCACUGGACUUCUCAGCCCCUUAGUCUGUAACCAACUGCUGGUCUCAUGCCCAGCUCAGAGUUCCCAUCCAUUCAUUCCAGAGUGGUUUGUUUCCAGAAGGUUUUUUGUUGUUGUUUUUUUAAGUAUUAAAUUUUAGAUAAAGGAA